AUGUCGACUUCAUCUAGUUCCGCACCUCCAGACGCGGAAAGCAUCCGCAAGCAGGCCCAGAGUCUCGGGCGUGACCGGUGGCAGCAAGACCUCGCUGAAGCGAAACAGGAGAUGAAGCAAGACCCGAAUUGGGCCGCAAAAAUGGCAGCCAAAAAAAGAAAUGCAGCCGCUACAACCGGGAAACCCGCCAGCUACAAGUCUGCUGCCGAGCGGUAUCUGGCGAAUCACGGCGACACGGUUUCGAAAGGGUCGCUCGUGGUCACGAUCGAACGUGCGGAGAGGCUUGGGUACAGUCAAAAAGAGAUGGUUUUGCUCUUUUCCGCGGACAACGGCUUUCUCGAUAUUUCCGGCUGGUUGGACGUGAAAUUUGAGGAAAAACUCCAAGACAUCGUCGGCAACUACAACCCGUACGCCAUCGACCCCUACGUUUGUUGCGCAGUCGGGAUGCAGGACCCGUUUACGAAGAAUUUUCAACCGAAUAGCCUGUGGAACGCGAAGCACAUCAAAAAUAUCGUCCGCAAGACGAAAGUGUUGGUGAACGAGGGGACCAACCCGAGAUGGGAGCAUAUGGGAGUGUCAGCAUUGAAAUCGACAAAGUAGUUGAAAUAACUUGUAAUGCAUAAAAUCGAUACCGGUUGGGAGCCCGAUUUCCAAGCGGUGCAUGACAAAUUUCGGCACCAUCUAAAUCCAGUCUGUCAUGCUGUUUAGGGGCCCCAGAAGGCGUCUUGUAUCAUGCUACUUCAGCAGCUCUAUCGCAGACCCCAAACAGCAGGGUGACAGUCGGCCCCACUUGCCAUCCCUGCAAGAGAGGCAAUUCAUGCCUUGCAAUUUAUGCAUGAGAAAUUAUUUCAACUUUGUCGAUUUCAAUCCUGACGCUUCCAUAGAGCAGCGACUCCUCUUCCACCCGAACAUCACGCGCACAGACUACGUAGCCUGUGCAAAAGUAUCGUACUCGUAUAAAUGCAAGUCUUGCAUUACAAAUCUUGUUGCCAAGGCAAAUCAGCAUGACAGAUUCCAUUUUUCGCGCGGAGAAAAUUUGUAAUGCAUUUAUACGAGUACGAUACUUUUGCAAUUCAUAUGAAGGAUUGGGUACUAGCGAUUGGUACUAGAGUAGACGUGAAGCUGCAGCUGAUGAAAGGAUCUCAUCUGGUUGUUAAGCUUUAGCGCAAGUUACAGCUGUGGAAGAUGAAAAGUGACCCAGUUAAAAUUUUUAUCGCCACAAGCUCCAGCGAGCAAGCAAGAUUAAAUGCCACGAGCUGGAAGGUAGUCUCAGCACAGCAAUCAAGCAAAAUGUUUAUUUUCAAUCUGAUUCGAAGAACGACAACGAACAACAGUUUUAGUUAGACGACAAGGGUCUAUUUUUAGCGAGCAGCGACAGAAAGAGAAACAGUUCAAGUUUUGUAUUUGGGAAGUUGUAUUCGCCAAGUUAGGGUUGGUGCACCAGGGAUGAGUAAGUACGCGCAGUAAGACCAGAAGGGAUGACGAGGGUAAUUCUAAUAUUACCGAAGGGGCACCAUCAAAGUUGAUAGUACGGCUACAACGCUGCAAGAGUUUAUAAAUUUCUGCGACAUUAUUUAUCUCGCAACACUCAUUUCGAGCGGACUGAAAUUAAUAGUACCCAGCCAGUAUCCGCAUUGAACCACUGUUGCUCUGACAAGAACAGGUCAAGUCAAGAAUAGUAACGACCGACGACCGACGUAUUUUUCAUUUUUUUAGUAUAAGAUCUGCAUCUGCCGAGCUAAAGCGCUUCCUCGUCGUACUACAUUAAAAGUGGAAAUUCAACAACCUGUCAGACUAUUGGUAGGUUGUACUGGCAAGCCCGCCGGCUUUUUUUCUUAUGGCUCCGAAAAAAGAAAGCCUAAC